AUGACGGCCAAGCGAAAGGCUGAAACGGAGCCGAUGCGUCGGAAAAGCGACAACGAUAAGUCUGCUGCAUCAUCUAUCAACGUCAACAAGAAACGCAAAUCCAGGGACAAGAAGGAUGAAUCCAUGCCACUCACUCAGCGGACGGCGACUUCCGUCCUUGGGAAGGAUAUGCAUAUCGGCGCUCAUGUCAGUGCAGCAGGGGGCGUUCAUAAUUCCAUCAACAACGCCCUUCAGGUUGGCGCGAACUCGUUUGCACUUUUCCUCAAGUCCCAACGCAAGUGGGACAACCCCCCGUUAUCAACCGAGGCGCGCGACCUCUUCCACAGCAACUGCGAGCAACACGGUUACAACGCCGCCCAGCAUGUCCUCCCACACGGGUCGUACCUUGUCAACCUCGCACAGUCGGACGAGAUAAAAGCGUCGCAAGCGUAUAAGAGCUUCAUCGAUGACCUGCAUCGGUGCGAGUUGCUUGGCAUCAAGCUGUACAACUUCCAUCCAGGAUCGACGCUUGGGGACUCGCGCGCAGCGGCGAUUGGCCGCAUCGCCGCGCAGCUGAACAAGUCGCACAAGGAAACCAAGACGGUGGUGACGGUGCUGGAGAACAUGGCUGGUGCGGGAAACAUCAUCGGGUCUACCUGGGAGGACCUAAGGGACAUAAUCGCCCUUGUCAAGGACAAGGAGCGUGUGGGGGUCUGCAUCGACACGUGCCACGCCUUCGCGGCUGGCUACGAUUUGCGAACGCCUGAUGCAUUCCAUCAGACGAUUCAAGCCUUUAACACGGUUGUCGGGGCCAAGUAUCUCAAGGCGUUACACUUAAACGAUAGCAAGGCUCCAUUCAAAUCCAACCGCGAUCUCCAUGCCAAUAUCGGUACCGGCUUCCUAGGUCUGCGUGCUUUCCACAGCGUCAUGAACCACGAUGCUUUUCAGGGAAUGCCCAUGGUACUUGAGACGCCCAUUGACCGCCAAAACAGUCAAGGCAAGGCAAUCGAAGACAAGCAGGUUUGGGCUGAUGAGAUCAAGCUGCUAGAGAGCCUCAUCGGUAUGGACCCCGAGAGUGAAGAGUUCAUAGUCAAGGAGAAGGAGUUGUGUCAGAAAGGCGAGGCUGAACGAAAAAAGGUUCAAGAGCAAGUCGACAGAAAGCUGAGCAAAGAUGCGAACAAAAAGAAAAAGGGCAAGGCGGAUUGA